AUGAGACGGCGUUGCCGCUUCCGGCGGCGAAUUUCGACGGCUGCGGCCACACGACGAGCCAAACAGCCCAACCAGCCUUCCGGGUCACCACAGUUGAGUUCGGCCGGCCUCUCUCUCUCAUCUACGAUACGCAGAGAAUGGCGAUGGUGUACAAGUCACGGUGGCCUCUUCAGACUUCGUGGACCAGGAUGCUCUCCUUUGGUCCACACCCUAUCACAUCUCAGUCAAGACGGAUACUCUGCGCUUCCAACAAAUUUUUUUUCUUUUGCAACGGGCCGACAGGGAGAUUGA